AUGGCACGUCGACUUGUUCGCGCGGGCGUGCAGCUCGCUAUUUUCGCCGCUUUUGUUCUACUCCUCAUCGUAACUCUGGAUAAUCGAUUUCGCGUUCUACCGGACUCCAUCCACGAACACCUUCCGUCUCACUAUGCGGGCUUUGUCGUCACCGAUGUGGUCAUCGUGACCUGCUCCACUCUCAACGUAUUUUCCGGCUGCAAACCAGACUCACCAACAUGGUCGCAAGUCGACAAGGAUCUCUAUCUGCGCACAGGCUGGACCUCCUCUGCCUUCGUGCGAUUUGAGCACAAGAAAGAGGAGGAUCUGCUUCCUGCCGACAAGGUUGUCAUCGACCUGAAGAUUGGUCGGCUCGUUCCCGAAUCGACCCCUGAAUCCAAGAACAAGGGCGAGGAGUGGGAGCAAAGACAAGGUGGCAUCUGGCUGAAGCGGACGGCGAAACGCCAUGCAAGCGAUUCGCAGUCCGUCAUCACCUCAGUCGAUGUCCUCUUUGGCGCCGAUGCAGUCGACCCGCGACUUGGUUGGGAGGUGAACGGGACUCCGUUACUGCUGGAUAGCCGGACGGAGGAGCUGGAGACUCGUAUCAGCGUGCGCAGGGGAGACAUGCCCAGGACGAAGAGGCCCGUUCCUCGAAUCAAUGAUAAUGGCCGAUUUAAAAUCAUGCAGUUGGCCGAUCUACAUCUCAGCACUGGUCUUGGACACUGCCGAGACCCAGUUCCGGCCGAGCCUGUGCCAGGACAGAAGUGCGAAGCCGACACGCGAACGCUCGAGUUCGUGGAAAGACUCCUCGAUGAGGAGCAGCCCGACAUGGUCGUGAUGAGCGGAGACCAAGUGAAUGGCGAAACUUCCAAAGACGCACAGAGCGCGCUCUUCAAGGCAGCCAAGCUGCUGGUUGACCGCAAAAUCCCAUACGCCGCCAUUUUUGGCAAUCAUGACGACGAGGGUAACCUCAAGCGGGCGGCCCUCAUGGAAAUCCUGGAGGACCUACCGUACUCACUAUCAUCGGCUGGCCCUGACGAAGUGGACGGAGUCGGCAACUACAUAGUUGAAGUCCUUGGUCGCGGAAAGACGGCCCACUCUGCUUUGACUCUCUACCUUCUGGACACUCACUCUUACUCCCCCGACGAGCGACAGUUCAGGGGUUAUGACUGGGUGAAGCCUAGCCAGAUCCGGUGGUUCAAGAACACCGCUCAGGGCCUCAAGACCAAACACCAUGAGUAUACCCAUAUGCAUAUGGACGUGGCAUUCAUUCAUAUUCCGCUGCCUGAGUACCGCGAGUCUCAGAAUUAUUACCGGGGAGAUUGGUCGGAAGCACCGACGGCCCCUGGAUUCAAUUCAGGAUUGAAGGAUGCUCUUGAGGAGGAAGGAAUCCUCUUUGUUAGUGCAGGACAUGAUCAUGUCAAUGACUACUGCAUGCUGAACAAGGACACAAAUGAGAAAGCGUCUCUUUGGAUGUGCUACGGCGGCGGCUCCGGAUUUGGAGGCUACGGAGGCUACGGCGGCUACGUCCGGCGUAUCAGAUUCUUUGAUUUCGACAUGAACUCAGGACGAGUCAUGACAUACAAGCGACUUGAAUAUGGCCAAACCGAGGCCAAGAUAGACGAGAUGAUGAUCGUCGACGGGGGAAUCGUGAAAGGACCCGGGGAGGACAACUAA